AUGGCAGACUUUUCAUAUGAACCAUUUGAAAUGGAUGAGGUGAUACCACCUCAAAUUAGUGUCGCAAUUCCAAAUAACACUGUUGAACAAGAUCUAGAUGUCACAUAUGAUGGCCCAGAUUUAGAGGCAUGUGUUGUCGACCACCAGGAUUUAAAAUCACGAGCAGAAGAUAUUAAGAACUUGAACUUUACAGAUAUAAUACGAAAUCAGUUGGGCCACUAUUCUGGAACUGCUUCCAAUCUAGGCGUUGUACUGAAUGCAACUGAUGUUACUACUGAAGAUGAACCCACUUAUGAUGAAGAUGUGGAUGAUAAGUUUGACUAUAAGCUUCAGAAGAAAAUAGAACAAGAGUAUCGUGAUUUACAAUUGGAUUCUGUCGACACUAUGUUAACUCCACCAGAAAAUUUUAGUUGUAUAAUCAACAAAUUGUAUCGGUCUUCAUUUCCUCAUCCUAAUAAUUUUGCCUUUCUAAAGAAAUUAAAGCUUAAAUCAAUCUUAUGUUUAAUCCCUGAAGCGUAUCCCACAUUACAAUUGGAAUUUUUUAAAGAACAAAAUAUUAAACUUUUCCAAUUAGGUAUGUCGGGGAAUAAAGAGCCAUUUGUUAAAAUCAGUGGAGAAUUAAUUACAGAAGCAAUUAAAAUUGUGAUGAAUCCAGAAAAUCAACCCAUAUUAAUUCAUUGUAAUAGGGGAAAACACAGAACAGGUUGCUUAGUGGGUGUGAUUAGACGUUUACAGCAAUGGUCUUUGACCAUAAUAUUUGAUGAAUAUCGUAAAUUUGCGGCACCGAAGGAAAGACCCAUGGAUAUUCAAUUUAUAGAGCUUUAUGAUUUGGAAGAUAUACAGAAAUAUUGUACUGAACGAGAUUGGCUACCGUUGAAAUGGGAUUAA